AUUCCAAACAUUUUCUAAAAUGGCGACUGGUGAACGUCAUUCUUCUGUAGAUAACAUUCCAUUAUGUAAGACUAAUGCAGGUCCAUUCGAUGGUCAAGAAGACUGGGAAACGCGCCUGAACGAAGAAUUCAACGCUCUCAUCCGCUAUGUCGAAGAUAAUAAGCAAAAUAACACCGAAUGGUUUACUAUCGAUUGUAAUGAUAACGGAACAAGCUGGUUCGGGGAGUGCUGGCACGUCCAUAACAUGAAGACCUACAAGUUUAAGCUCGAACUAGAGAUUCCCGCAUCGUACCCAAAUGCUCCGUUUGACAUCAUAAUUCCUGCCCUGGAGGGGAAAACGGCAAAAAUGUACCGCGGUGGAAGAAUCUGUCUGGACGCCCAUUUCUUGCCCAUUUGGCAAAAGAAUGUUCCAAAGUAUGGUAUCGCACAUGGACUUGCGCUUGGUCUAGCGCCUUGGCUCGCAUGCGAAGUUCCUCAUUUGGUAAAUCUCGGCGUUUUAGAGUCGUAGUAUAACGCGAAUCUUACGGUCCGAGUGAGUAUAAUGUGAGUUAUGGAAUGGUGAACAUGUAAUUAAUGGAGCGUAGCGGAAUGAACGAUCGACCUAAUGGAAUAAUGAUGAGAUGGCGACUGCAAGUAUUGAGCAUGGCAAUACCAUGACAACAGGUUGUAUUCUCUGGAUGAUAUCCGAGAGAAUAAAGGUGAAAAUGUACAACUUU